AUGUCUGGCACCGUUAUACUUACUGGCGCCAAUAGUUCAGCCGGUAUCCACGCCGUUGAUCACCUUCUCAAAACAUACCCGCAGCAUACUGCUGUUUUUACUGUCAGAAGUGCUGCUAAUACCGAUGUCAAUACCCACAACCUACGUGAUAUUAUAGCUCGAUAUCCUAAGGCGAAAGCAUCUAUUUAUGAGCUUGAUUUAGCCGACCUUACUGCCGUUCAUGCAUUUGCUACCACUAUCUCGGGGCAGAUCACUAGUGGAUCUUUACCUGCCAUCAAGUCGAUCAUCUGCAAUGCGUUUUACUGGAAUCUUGUUGCCGAUCCUGAACUCACCGUCGACGGAUAUGAUAAGACUUUACAAGUCGGACACAUCGCUCAUGUAGCACUAAUCUUACGCCUUCUCGAACAUUUUAGUCCCGAUGGCGGCCGUAUCGAGCUCCUGUCGAGUAUCUCACAUUAUCGUAAAAAGAGCAUGAUGACGCCAUAUCUUCCCGAAAUUCCUGAUAACGUCGACCUCUUGAUCCAUCCACCGGCGGACCCCGAUAAGCAAGGUAGAGGGGCACAGAGAUAUGCCAUUUUGAAACUGGUCGUUACCACCUGGAUGUAUCCACUCAACGAAUAUUUACAAAAGGAUCCCAAGUUCUCCAAGAUCACCGUCGUGGCCAUAAAUCCCGGAAACCUUGGCGACUCCCGCGCUUUUCAAACCAAUGUCCCACUUUCCAUUAGGAUCAUGCAGAAAGUCUUAUUCAAACCACUGAUGCCCUUGAUUCAACGCUUUGCUGACCCGAUAUUCCGCACGUCGCACGAGGCCGGCAUUGAUAUCAUAGAAUUGGGUGUUGCUAAGGCCGAAGAUGGCGAACGUGGUUAUUAUACGCUCCUCAAGAAAGACGACCCUGACCCUGCCGUGCUGGAUAAGGAGAAGCAACGUAUUAUAUGGGAGAAGAGCGUCGAGUGGGCUAAAAUCAACAAGGACAAUACCGCGCUUAAAGUCGCAUUUGAAUAG